UCUGCACGAUGACGUAGUCAGGAAGGGCUCUCCAGCCAAAACAGCUGGAUGAGUUUAGCUUAGCUGUAACUCUUUGAAGUUUUUAUGUUUCUGAAUAUAUGUAAUUUAUUCAGAACAGAAGUCGUUUGCGCUUUUGGAGACGACCGUUCACUGCCUUUAGCUUAACUUUUCAUGGAUUGACUGGAGGUUAACUGAUUUGGACAUACUGAACAGAGACCAAAACACAGCUUUUGUUCCCUGCAGUCCAGCAUUAAAAUGUCGCCUGUUCACGCUGCCUGUGCUUUGCUAUUUGCUGCACCCCUGAUGGUGCUCGGUGUUCCUCCUAUUUGGACCCAGCCAGAACAGGUGCACCUCUCCUAUGGAGGAGUGCCAGGCACCAUGGUAGUGACCUGGACAACCUUCAAUGAGACAGAGAGCAAGGUGGAGUAUAGCCUUCUGGGGGCUCGGCUCUUUGAGAUGAGCGCCAUAGGACACGCGACUCUGUUUGUUGACUCGGGAACGGAAAAGAGGAAGAUGUUCAUUCACAGGGUCACACUCGGAGACCUCAAACCUGCAGCUUCGUAUGUCUACCACUGUGGCAGCGAAGAAGGCUGGAGCGACGUGUUCUUCUUCACUGCUCUUAAUGACAGCACUACGUCCAGUCCCAGGUUUGCUUUUUAUGGUGACCUCGGCAAUGAGAACCCCCAGUCUCUGGCUCGACUGCAAAAGGAAACUCAGCUAGGGAUGUACGAUGUCAUCCUACACAUAGGAGACUUUGCCUAUGACAUGCAUGAGGAUAAUGCCAGGAUUGGAGACGAGUUCAUGAGGCAGAUCGAGUCCAUAGCUGCCUACGUGCCCUACAUGACCUGUCCAGGCAACCAUGAAGCUACAUACAACUUCUCCAACUACAGGAAUCGCUUCAGCAUGCCAGGCCAGACUGAGAGCCUGUGGUACAGCUGGAACCUGGGCUCAGCGCACAUAAUCUCCAUUUCCACCGAGGUUUACUUCUAUCUUGACUUUGGCCAGGACCUCCUCUUCAAGCAGUACGAAUGGCUGGAGAAAGACCUGGAGGAGGCCAACAAGCCCGAGAACAGAGCAGUGCGUCCUUGGAUCAUAACCAUGGGGCACCGGCCCAUGUACUGCUCUGAUGAUGACCAGGAUGACUGUACUACGUUUGAAUCCUAUGUCCGGCUGGGAAGGAAUGACACCAAACCACCGGCUCCAGGUCUCGAGGAUCUAUUUUACCGUUAUGGAGUGGAUGUGGAGUUGUGGGCACAUGAGCACACAUACGAGAGGCUGUGGCCUGUGUAUGGUGAUAAGGCAUUCAACGGCAGCAGAGAACAGCCUUACGUGAACCCCAAAGCUCCGGUCCACAUUAUCACAGGCUCUGCUGGCUGCAGAGAGAAGACUGACAAGUUCAAUCCAAACCCCAAAGAGUGGAGUGCUUUCCGCAGCACAGACUACGGCUACAGCCGUAUGCAGGUGGUCAAUGGAACCCACCUGUACAUGGAGCAGGUGUCUGAUGACCAGAAUGGGAAGGUGAUUGACAGCAUAUGGGUGGUGAAAGAAAAACAUGGCUUCUCUGCCUGGGUAUGAAGACUGUCUUUCUUAAAGCAAAUGCACUUUGAGCCCAAAACAAGUACUUUUUCCCGCCAAACCAAUUAUGCAGUGAUUAUAAAACUUAUUCCUGCUCAUUUGAUUUCACUGAGCCUUGUGCAAUUUUAAAAACAUCUACCGUACUUUUCGGACUAUAAGGCGAACUUAAAAUCCUUUAAAUUUCUCAAAAAUCGACAGUGCUCCUUAUGUAUGAAUUCUGGUUGUGCUUACUGACCUCAAA